UGUGUCUUUCUCUUUCCAAAGACUGUUACAAAGACAGAAGAGAAAGCUCCCCCAGAUCUGCUUAAUUUUGUUCUCUUUUGUUACAUGUUUCUCCAACCCAUUUCCCAACAUCUACAGUCCAAGCUUCUCUGAAAUCCAUACCACCGAGUCGAACUCGCACUGAUCCAACCGAGUCAACUCAACUGUCCACACUGUUUUCAUACCCUGUUUCUUCAGCCAAUGAGCUAUUACUUCAAAGGCACAGAGCUUGGUUAUCAGCUGGGAUUGGUCACUUCAGGAAUGGUGAUUUUCCUCCGGAUUGCGCCGGAACUCCGGUGAGUGUUGGAGUUCCGGUGAGGUUUGUGUUGGGUUUUUGGUUUAGUGUAAAAUGUUCAAGUCGGCGCGAUGGAGAACCGACAAGAACAAGAUCAUGGAAGUCUUCAAAUUGCAGUUCCAUGCAACUCAGGUGACACAGUUGGGUGGGGACGCAUUGCUGGUUUCUGUGAUUCCCGUGGAUGUGGGGAAGCCAACUGUGAAAUCAGAGAAAGCUACAGUUCGAGACGGGAGCUGUCGAUGGGAAAAUCCGGUCUGUGAAACAGUUAAAUUCGUCCGUGAGCCAAGAACUGGGAAGAUCAAAGAGAGUGUCUACAACUUUGUUGUCUCAAGUGGAUCAUCGAAGGGUAGUGUUCUUGGGGAAGUUUCUGUCGAUUUUGCUGACUAUGCCGAGGCUACUAAAUCUUCCUGCGUCGCUCUUCCCCUUAAGAAUUCAAAUUCCAAUGCAAUUAUGCAUGUUACCAUUCAAAGGUUGGAAGCAAAUGUUGAUCCGAGAGAGGUAGAAGGCGGUGAAGAGGCAAAUGUUAACUCCGAAGAUAGAAGCUUCAAGAACCUCUUAAGCAAUAAGGAUACUGAUGAAAGCGUUUCAAUUGAUGAGGGAAUUAAUAGAACCAUCCAAAUUGCUGAGCUCAACUCCAGAGCAUCUAUCGGAUCGGACAUUACAUUGUCAAGUUCUGACAGCGGCUCUGGACUUGGUACUCCACGAGAACUUGGAUCAAGAGACCCUUCCAACUUUCUGUCGUCUCUGAGUCACACCUCAGUACAACAUAAACCUGAUGUUUAUGCCCAAACAAAUAUCUAUGACGAGCAUCAGCGGUCACAAUGGGCAUGGUCUGCAGACUCAGAACAUGGAGCAAGUACUGAUGGUUCAACAAAGAGUUCUCAUGAAACCCUUCUAAGAGAACGGUCUCAACAGUCUUCAGAUGACAACAUUGAAAAGCUAAAGGCGGAGCUUCUUGUUCUAGUUAGACAAGCCAAUAUGUCAGAGCUAGAAUUACAAACAUUAAGGAAGCAGAUAGUAAAAGAGACCAAAAAGGGGCAGGAUCUUUCGAGAGAAGUCAUUAGCUUGAAAGAGGAACGAGAUUCUUUCAAGGCAGAAUGUGAGAAACUAAAGUCCUUUUGGAAACGUGUGGAUGAUGCAAAAGUUAAAAACAGGUUCCAGUUAGAAGGUGGGGAUCUACCGGCUCUUGUAGAUGAAAUCAGACAAGAACUGAGUUGUGAGAAGGACCUGACUUUCAAUCUCCGCUUACAGCUCCAGAAGACACAAGAAUCAAAUUCUGAUUUAAUCCUUGCUGUACAAGACCUGGAGGAAAUUUUGGAGCAGAAGAAUAGUGAAAUAGCAAAUCUUUCCAACAGACCAGAAUCCUGCGGUUAUGCUGCAGGGUUGAAGGAAACCAUCUUAAAAGGUGGGACAAGUGAGGAUGAGGAGCAGAUGGAGCUGGAGGAUCUUGUUAAGGACCACAGCAAUGCCAUGGAAACACACCUGCUCGAGAGACAGAUUGCCGAACUUUAUGGUGAAAUAGAAGUCUAUAGGCGAGACAAAGAUGUGCUCGAGAUGCAAAUGGAGCAGCUUGCACUUGACUAUGAGAUAUUGAAACAGGAAAACCAUGACAUCUUAUAUAAACUAGAGCAAAGCCAACUGCAAGAACAACUUAGGAUGCAGUACGAAUGCUCGUCUCCCUCUGCUAGCAUAAAUGAGCUUGAAUACCAAGUUGAGGAUUUGGAAACAGAAUUGAAGAAGCAGUCUGAAGAUUUUUCAAAUUCAUUGGCUACCAUAAGGGAACUUGAAUCCCAUAUCAAAAGCUUGGAGGAAGAACUAAAGAAGCAGGCACAAGUAUAUGAGGCUGAUUUAGAGGCUGUAACAUGUGCCAAAGUUGCGGGUUUGGAAACAGAACUAAGGAAGCAGUCUGAAGAUUUUUCGAAUUUGUUGGCUACCAUAAAGGAACUUGAAUUCCAUCUCAAAAGCUUGGAGGAAGAACUGGAGAAACAGGCGCAAGUAUUUGAAGCUGAUUUGGAGGCCGUAACAUGUGCCAAAGUUGAGCAGGAGCAAAGAGCCAUCCGAGCAGAGGACGCACUGCGAAAAACUAGAUCAAAAAAUGCUAAUACAGCUGAGAGGCUUCAGGAAGAAUUCCGAAGACUCUCUGUUCAAAUGGCCUCGACAUUUGAUGCAAAUGAAAAGGUAGCUCUGAAAGCAAUGACAGAAGCUAGUGAACUGUGUGGGCAGAAGAGUCACCUAGAAGAACUGCUCCAGAAAACGAAGGAUGAGCUCCAGGAAGUUAGAAAUGAUUAUGAGGCAAGAUUGCAGAAGCUCUCGAACCACUUAGACGAGAAAACCAAAGAGAUGGAAGAGAUUUUACUGGAAAUGGACAACAAUUACAAGCAGCUCGACCAUCAGCAGAAACAAGAGGAAGAAGUUAAGGGAAAUAUCUCCCAGGUGAUCUUACAACUCAAAUCUCAGAUUCAAAGGCUUACAGAAGAGAAUAACAGCCUUUCUGAGCAAGUGGAGGAAAGCAAAAAUUUGAGAGCUGAUUUGGAACAAAUGAAGAAAUCAAUCGAGGAAGCUGAGAUGCGGAUACAAAGAGGAAAUGCAGAAAGAAAUGAGCUGGUAAGUAAAAUUUCUACUCUUAAGAAGGAAGCAGAGAAGUCAUUGGAGGAUUUGAAUACAAUGCGGCAUCUCAAAGAUGAAAAGGAGGUGACAGUUGGACUCCUAAAAUCAGAGAUAGAGGAGCUUAAAGCUCGGUGUAAAGACUUUAAACAUGCUAUAUAUGAGGAUGAGGUUGAGAAGGAGAAACUUAGAAAGCAGGUAUUCCAGCUUAAGGCUGACCUGAAAAAGAAGGAAGAUGCACUCAGUACCGCUGAAAAGAAACUCAAGGAAAGCAACGGGCGUUCAAUAGUUUCUGAUGGAAUUAAAAUAACUCAGAGAAACAUCAAGUCUUUGCCAGUUGCUCGUGGUUCGAAAGAAGUUGCAUGUAUGAAAGAAAGAAUAAAAUUGCUCGAGGGACAAAUAAAAUCGAAGGAAGCUGCUUUGGGAAACUCAACUGCUUCAUUUUUGGAGAAGGAAAAGGAUCUUCAGAACAUAAUCGAAAAGUUAGAGAGCACGGUGGAAGAAAUAAAUCAGAAUAGUGCAUUUCAAAAGGUAACUGAAGAUGCCGGUAGUGAUAAAAUUGCAUCAGAACAAGAACUGAGACUUUUCACUGCUGAUAACAGAUACAGCGACUUAUUAACUGAAUUAGCAUCAUUGAAAGAGAGGAAUAUAUCAAUGGAAAGUGAACUAAAAGAGAUGCAAGAGAGAUAUUCAGAAAUAAGUCUCAAAUUCGCAGAGGUCGAAGGUGAAAGACAACAGCUCGUAAUGACAGUACGCAACCUCAAAAAUUCCAAGAGGAGCUAAUAACUGUUUUUCGAUGUACUGGAACCAUAUUACCUUGUACAGUUGAAACAGCUAGGUAUGCUUACAUCAAAAGUCCAGACCUGAGUUCAUUGUGUCUGCCCAUUUGGCUUCAUCUCAAUUUUACCUAGCUUUCAUGUCCUUGCCCCUUUUUUAUGUAAUUUUUUAAAGCUUGUCAAGGUUUCCAUGACCAAUAUAUAUGACAAUUUAUAUAAUUAAUAUAUUUUUUUUUUUAAUUGUUUUUACCUUUUCA